CACAUUGCCUGCCAAAGCCAGUGCCAGCUACUAAUCAGACCACAGCAUCCCUCACAUAAUCACACACAGCAGGUGCAGCCCAUCACACUGGGGACUCUUUCUACUACUAAAUGCAUUACAUCACGCCAUAGAGGAUUCAUUCAUACAGCUCAACUGAAGAGGGAUAAUCUCAUUGUACAGCUCCAGAAUGCUAAAGAGACAGUUGCUCAGGAGUCCAACAACAUAAUCUCAGGUUUUGAAAGAAUACGAGAAAAGUACAACAUCAGCUUCAACAUGAAGGAGCUUGUCCUUUCACUCCUGAGCCGAGGAUACGGUCAUGUGGUUCACACAGAUGGCAAAAGACAAUAUGGAAGACUGGAAGUCUGUUUUGAACCCGAGGACUACUUCAUCUGGAAAUCCCAGCCUCCUCUGCUUCGCUUAACUAGCAGUGGACGGCUGAUUAGUGGGGUAGAGACCACACCCCCAAAAACCUACAGCACAAGGAGAGGACCACUUAUUCUAUUCUCAGAAGAUUUUGCCUCAUCAUUCUCCCAACCUGACACAGUCAAAAGGAAGGAUCGGGCUUUUGGGGCUUCCAGACAGGAAGCAGAGUUUGAAUUCUAUUCUCUUCGUGAUCUGACUGAAGCCGCUUUAGUGUAUAGUAAAAAACAGGCCAAGGUGGAAUGUCAUAUGAGCAUGACGCCUAUGUUGCCAGACCCCAAACCUGGCACUAAGCACUUGCAGGCACACCAGAGGCCCGGAGAUGAGCACAGCUAUCUAAACCAGACUGUUGGUGAAGAAAAUGAGGUGGACUCUGCUUUCUUCAGACGUCAAGGUAACUGUCUAUACCCCAGACCAGAGCAGGUGCGAUAUCAGCCCCGUUUCCUCUGUUUUCCACGGCCUAAUCGUCCACCGCCUGGUCCUCUCCCGCUCUUAACCCCAAGUCCAGCACUCAGAGGAGUACCAGCAACCUCCAUACCAACAGGCUCAGAGGAACGCUCUAUGACCAGAGACAGUAAGACCAGUUUCAGCGCAGAGGUAGUGACACUCAAAGCUCAGAUGAGCCCAAUUCCUGAAACUGAUGCUUGGGAGGAGCGUACAGAACAACCUGAGGAUCACAAUGUUUACAUGGUUGCAGAGCAUUUGACUGGCUACCCAAAGGACUUAAACGGUCAAUGGAAACAGAGUGCAAUAGAUACAGGUGGUGAGGAAGGUGGACACACUCCACGACCAGCUCUACGAUCUUUGGGUUGCAGUCACCUUUCAAAAGUCUCCAAUGACAGAAGACAAACAGAGGGGGGCUGGCAUCCAAGUCCUGUUAAACAGAGUGGCCUUCAUCUACCACCCAUUAAGCAACCACCUCUUGCAGACGCAGCGAGCAAGGACUACAGGCUCAAAGCUGUGAGCAUGACUCAAGAAAACCACAAGGAGCCAAUACCAAGACUGCCAGAUAUACAUCAGCCUGAGGUUAGCACUGAGACUUCUGCUCCCAAACCCCCAGAGAGAACUGUACUUAAGAAAGUACUUGUGCUGCUCCCUUUUGAACCAAUGGAACAAGAUGGUCUUUCUGGCCUUCCUGAGGAAAAGGAAGAAAUUGAGGAUGUCCUGUGUAGUGAUGUGGAACAGAAAGUUGAGUUGAAGAGGACAGAAGAGAACAGGCCCAUUGAACAUGGGUGCAGGCUAAAAGCAGCACAACAAGACAUCCUGAUAGGGUUUGAACCUGAGGAGGAUAAAGAGCAGACUGCUGUAGGCCCACUGCCUCCAUUUAUAGGUCGUAGAGGUCUUGGAAAACAGUGCUCUAUGGCACACCACAGACAAGACCCACGUGACCCUGCAGAUCAGUCAGAGUCUCAGCCUGGCAUUAUCAGAGGCAGCCUUCCUCUGGAGCUAAGAGAGUGUCAGAAAGAUGGACUCCUGGGCACCUUAAUAAUGGGUCCUGCUGGGGAAAUCAUAUGCUUGUCUUUCUGGGAUUCCUUAACUGACACCGAGGACCACCCAGCUUUGGAGGAUGCCAUGAAAGAACACGGUGUUUUGGAGGAGUCAUGGACCAUCUUGGACCAACUAGCAGAGCAAGCUACACAAACAGGAGGAAUGACUGACAGAGAAGUAGAGGCUAAGCGAGGUCACAAGAAACAAACCAGCACUAACCCAGAGGCUUGUGUACCGGCGCAAAGAAUAGAAAAGACAAACAACUAUACAGAAAAUCGGCCCUACAGCAGUGAAGAAGGUAUCAUGCAACAGACAGGAGGAAGGGCAAAGAGGCCACAGCCUAAGGCCAGACCAAGAUCUGGGUCACCACCUACACCUGGGUCUGAUAGCAGCAUUCAGAAAACAGCUCUUUCCAAGUCCACAGCUGCAGAUGAAUAUAUUGAUAAAACAAAGCUUCAAACUCAGACAGAGUCCUAUAAAAAGACAGUCAAGCCCAGAAAAUCAGGUAAAUUAGACAACGCUGACGACCCCCACAUGAGUAACGUAAAGAAGCAAAAGAUUACCCGGCAUGCCAACAGAGUCACAGAUGUUGAUGCAGAGAAUAUGGCUAUGGAAUUAAAUGUAGACAGUACGGACACAGAGUCACAAGACACCAGAUUUAGUAAUGAAACAGAUUCUGGUCCAAUACAAAAGAAAAAUAAAAACACAGGUGGUGACAAAGCCACCAAGUCCACAAAGUCACCAAACACAGCAGAAAAAAUAAAAAAGAAGUCCAAAGGCCAAGCGGCAUUUGUCGUGGGUAAACCAAGGCAGUCACAGGAAGUAAUGCAAACUGAAAAGAAGAAAUAUAGCUCAGAGAGACAUGAGAAGACAGUAUCCAAAAGACUAGUGAAAGAGUCAGAGGACAACUCAGCAGAUGAUUAUUCCUGUGGUUCUUCUGAAUACACUAUGGAUGAUGUGGAAAGCAGAGAGGUCUCACCUGUACAAAAGAACCGUGACACUAGACACAGUCCAGAUAUUGAUCAGGAUUUCAUCCAUCAUGAGAAGUGUGUAGCAGGACACAGUAUGGAAAGUGAUCGGGUUGCUGUCUCCAGAGAAGAUGGUGGAACUGGAGAUGUUGAUCAUUUCUAUGAGAUCGACAUAUCUGCAGCUUCUUCCAGAACACACAGCUCUGCCAAGUCCUCCUCAACAAGCACCUGGAGCAUUCGGAGAAGCAGUGUGUCAUCAGAUACUGGCCUGUAUAGCCCAGUACAACUUCCUCAUCACUUCCCACGUCUCGGUGUCCCAACCCACCAUCCUGCAUCCAACCCGGACAAGUCUAAAUCAGCUGCUGAUGCUAAGAGCAGAGCAGAAGCCAUCAAGCAGAGGGAAAGCAGAUUGGCAGCAGCAGUGGCUGAAAAGGCAGAACGCCGUCGGAUGGAGGUGGAGAAGAAGAGGAAGGAAAAAGAAGAGGAGAAAGAAGCAGAGAGGAAAAGACAGGAGGAUAAAGAUCUGACAGAAGAGAGAAUGCGGCUGGAGCUGGAGGAGGAGGGGAGACAGAGGGCACAGCAGGCCAGGUUGAGAAAGCUUAAAGACGAAGAAGAGAGACAGAAACAGGCUGAGAGAGAGAAUGAAGGACAGAGGGGUGAGCAGCCUGAGAUGGAGACAGAGAGGAGGAGGCAAGAAGAAACAAAGAACAAGAAGAGAUAUUUAGAACGACUUCAGAAAGUGAGGCACGAAGAGGAGAUAAGAAGAGCAGCUGAGUUAAAGCGUCAGCACGAGGAGGAGGAGGCUCGUAAGGAGGAAGAGUAUAGGAGAUUGCAGGAUAUGGAUGAGAGCGAAAGACAGGAGUACUUACGCAGAAAGUGGGAGGAAGAAGAGGAGAGGAGGAAGGCUGCAGAGGAGAGAAGGCACGCACGGGAGGAAGCAGCCAUGUGGUAUGAGGAGUUAAAUAGGCAAAGAGCAACACUGGAGCAAAACCUCCAGUUCCACAGAGGACUGUUUGUUGAGACAGAGGGUCUGAAACAGAAGCAGAGCAUCUCUCGGCCCUGGGUCUUUUCUUACUUCAGUCGGCUGAGAUUAGCACACUGUAACACGUUUAAACUAACACCACAGCAUCUGAGCUUAGCCUGUAACAAAGACGGUUUGCACGCUCUGGGUGAAGGGAGAAAGGGAGGAAUCUGGGCCUGUAAUCCUAGGCUGGGCAUGAAGCUUGUCCCCUAUUGGUCCAUUGGCACCAAGAUCAGAGAAAGAACAGCUCGGAGGAGAGCGGUGGGACACGGAGACGAGCAGUCUCACACAUCCUAG